AUGUUGUUUUGUCCGCAGCAGCUCGUCCGAGCCCGUUUCCAGGCUCUGCUGUCGGCGCCAUAUAGGAGCCCCGGGCAGUGGCAUCGGAGGUCGUGGCCACCGAACACUCGACAUGCGCUACAAUAUGCUUUGAAUCAUACUUCAACAAUCCCACAGCGAGGCGCCGACGAACACACAGUCGGAGAAACCGCCUCAGAACCCACGGAAUGCGAACCCAAGCAAGAUGCAGCUAUAGACUGUUCGAACCAGGUGGCCAGCAACCCUCGCCGUUCUUACAAGAGUGCUGGCCCGCGGCAAGUGUCUAAAAGGGCCGUCAAGCGUGCCCUAUUUUCGGAAGGCCUCAGACAGUCAGACGCAACGUCUGUGCAUGAACGACUCAACCAUGAGAUUCAGCGCGAGAAGAGAACCCUGAGCGACAAAUCGAUCGCCAUUUCGACAAUCUCCCGAGGAAGGUCGAUAUACAACGCGAAGGGCAAAGGGCUUCAAGCGUGGCAACAUGCCUAUGAAGAAUUCUACAAAGCCAAGCAUUACCAGCGCAAAGUCAACGACCAAAGCAUAAUACCAUCAUUGAAUCAAUCUGGGGAAGCUGUUCUGGCAAAGAUUCAAGAAGACUGCAACGGGACCUUUCGAAAAUUCUGGGAGGGUACUGAUCGGGAGUUCAAAGCUCGGCAUUGGCAAGCCCUGGCUUUCUGGCUGCUCGAGAAUGACCCAAAAUUGUUUUUGAACUUUUUGAUUGUCACAAUGAAAGGUAAGGAGACGCCAGACUUUACAAUGGUCGCGGAUUGUCUCUUGUACGUGGACAACUUCUACUACGAGGAACUGAAGGACUGGACAACUGGUCCUCGCGCACAUGGAUACUCGUGGAUUAUCGAGUAUUGCCUGCGCCCGGCCACAUGGCCUAUAGUCGCCCCGCCACACAAGGGUAUCCGGCUUUACAUUCGGCGCGCUAGGCCUUAUGGUGUCCGCUUGGCCUUCCGCACGAUGAAAGCUAGGGCGGUCCAGUGGAAGGCUGAAACGCAGUUGUGUUUCGUGAACCGGUUCGUUCAGCUUGGGGAUAUUGAUAGGGCGUUGAAUGCGUUGAAGCUCAUUCCGCGUCUCAACGAUCCCAUCUUUACAAUGAACUCGCAAGGAGUUCUCCGGCACUGCUGCAAACUGUUGACCCUGGACACCGUCGAGGAUGGCGAAUCCGGGCGCAACUUUAGAAUCCUGCCACAACUUCUGGAGAUGGGUGUGAAGCCUGAUCGAGACAUGAUGAAUGUGGUGCUUGCCAAUGCCUAUAAAACCGGCGAUCACCAACUUGGUGCCGAUAUGCUUCAGUUCAUGACAAAUCAGGACUACGAUUUUGACUCGUACACCUACGUCACUCUUCUCACUAAUGCCGUCUCUCGGGGAGACCAAGCUCGUGUCCACGAGUUGAUCCGUGAGGUGGAUGCGCAAGAAGAAAUUCGCAAGAAUCCACACGUGGCAAACAAGAUCUUUCACUCCCACUACGUCUUUACCGCCAAGCAUAUGGAUAUCGAUGCCGAUCCCACCGGUGUUUUCUAUUCGAUGCUUGACAUGUACAAUAACCUUCACGACAUCACGCCCCUCAAAGACCUGCUCAUCAUCCCCCCUCACUACAAGGCGCGGGAAGACGGCGCCAAAAUGCCUCCCACACCUAUGGCACUGUAUAUUAUGAUUGCAACCUACUUCCGCUGCGGCAGCCGUGUUUCGAAUGUGCAGCGUAUCUACCAGCGUUUCCAUGAGCUUGUCAGACAGGGCCAUCCAACCAUCGCCCCGCUGGCAGCGACAGAUCACACCUACAACGAAUUCCUCAUUGCUCUCCGCAAAAGCUCACGUGCUAUGCAUUCUUGCGUUCGGAUCGUUGAAGAUAUGCUUCAGCCCCCAGCCCGCUUGACCAUCGAGCACGCCAAGCCGAGUUAUCGCACCUGGGCAAUUCUUCUCAGUGUUUUCAUCUGGCACCGGCGACCCGCUGCAGCUGAGAAAAUCAAGGAGAUGAUGGCGAAGCACCAGGUGCCCUAUAACGACGUGACCUGGAAUCUUAUCAUCAACGGUUACGCCAACGCGCAGAAAGUGCCAGAGACUGCUGCUGCUAUGAAGGCGAUGGAAGCUCAAGGAUUCGCCCUCGACUCGUACACUAUGAAGUCCCUACGGUAUCUCCGUGACCCAGAGCGUCUCUGGGUUGCCGUGGAUGAGCUUGACCGUGCGGCCCAUGAAGCGGACUCUGUCCGAUCCUCCACGACGCAGGAUUCUGCCGCUGUCGAAGACGCCCUGCGUGAUGAGAUGAUUGAGAAAGGUCUGCAAAAACUUGGAGACAAAAACAAGCCCAAGGAUUGA